UAAAACUUCAACUGUUUGUUGUAGCUGCACAGCACGUCCCACACACAAAAUAAGCUUCGUUUUCCCAAAUAUUAUUCAUCUGAACUCGAGAAUUGAAGAUCCUCUCCGCCCUCAAUCAGUAGAAGAUCCAAAAAUGGAAUGUUAGUUGUGUUUUCGCCUCUUUCAAUUCAAGCUUCGGAAAAAGUAACUUCAGAUACAGCACAAGCAACUUCAGAUUUUACCAAAUCUGAGCUUCAAUGCUGGAAUCUCGGCUGCUGUUGCUUUUACUUGCUUUGUUCUUCGCUCCCAGACCUUCAUUUUCUCGAGCACCGUAUGUAUUGCGAAUAAGCUGUGGGGCCCGUGAUGACGUUCACAGUCCUCCAUCAAACACUCUCUGGUACAAGGACUCGUAUUACACAGGAGGAAUCCCCUACAGCGCGACCCGCCCAAGUUUCAUAUCCCCUUCGCUCGACACCCUCCGUUACUUCCCUCUAUCCGAGGGUCCGGAAAACUGCUACAACAUAAACCGGGUCCCGCACGGCCACUAUCUUGUUCGAAUCUACUUCGGCUUAGUCAACGAGUCGAACUUCGACAACGAGCCUCUGUUCGAUGUCUCGGUUGAAGGAACCUUAAUUUACUCACUCCCCUCUGGGUGGAGCAACCAUGACAACGAGCAAGUGUUUGCGGAGGCGCUUAUAGUUCUCAAAGAUGGAACGGCCUCUAUUUGCUUCCACAGCACAGGGCAUGGAGAUCCAGCCAUUCUUGCUAUCGAAAUUCUCCAGAUUGACAACAAGGCUUACUACUACGGUAAAGGCUACGGUCAAGGAACAAUUCUUAGAACAGAUAGGAGGCUCAGCUGUGGGGCCCGCGAUCCGAAAUUCGGGGCGGAUUACAGUGCGAACCAUUGGGGUGGGGACAGAUUCUGGGAUGCACUCCCCACUUUCGGUCAGAGUUCUGAUCUUGUGGUAUCUACGAAGAAUGGAAUCAAAAAGGCAUCUGUAUCGCCUAAUUUUUAUCCGGAGGCUUUGUAUCAAACGGCUCUUGUUAGUACUGAUACUCAGCCUGAUUUGGCGUACACUAUGGAAGUUGAACCGACGAGGAAUUACUCGCUUUGGCUGCACUUUGCGGAAAUAGAUCCUGCGGUGACUGGAGCAGGGGAGAGGGUGUUUGAUGUCUUGAUUAAUGGUGAUGUUAAGUUUCGAGAUGUUGAUAUUGUGGGUAUGGCUGGGGAUGUGAACACUGCUCUCGUGUUGAAUACGACUGUUGCUGUUAAUGGCAGGAGUUUGACUAUAACGUUGCAUCCUACGAAAGGGAAUCAUGCCAUAAUCAGUGCAAUUGAGCUUUUGGAGCUUAUUUCGGCUGAAUCCAAAACAUUGCCAGAUGAAAUUAAGGCUUUGCAAAAAUUGAAGGGCGCACUUGGUCUUCCUGUUCGUUUGGGGUGGAAUGGUGAUCCGUGCGUUCCCGAGCAGCAUCCAUGGAGUGGAGUAGACUGUCGGUACAACAGGAAUAUCAGUAAAUAUGUUAUUGAUGGAUUAGGUCUCGACAACCAGGGUUUGAAAGGUUUCCUACCAAACGAUAUAUCCCGGCUUCAUCAUCUCCAGAGCAUAAAUUUGAGUGGGAACAGCAUUUCGGGGGUCAUUCCUUCUUCACUUGGAACAGUAACUAGCCUGGAGAUACUGGAUCUCUCAUUCAACUCCUUGAAUGGAUCUAUUCCCGAAAGCCUCGGACAGCUGUCCUCACUACGAAUAUUGGACCUAAACGGAAACUCUUUAUCGGGAAGAGUUCCAGCUGCACUUGGUGGAAGGCUCUUGUAUGGAGCUAGCUUCAAUUUUACUGAUAAUGCAGGUCUUUGCGGCAUACCUGGAUUACCAGCAUGUGGGCCACAUCUUUCUACCGGGGCUAAAAUCGGAAUUGGGCUAGGAUCUUGUGUGGCACUUCUACUUAUUGUCACAUGCUUGACAUGUUGGUGGAAAAGAAGGCAAAAUAUCCUUCGAACUCAAAAAAUUGCGGCGAGAGAUGCUCCAUAUGCGAAAGCUAGGACGCAUUUUAAUCGAGAUGUACAAAUGGCGAGACAUCAUGGAAACGAACAUGCACGGACAGCAGCUGAAAACGGGCCUAGCUUACUUGCCUAAAUUAUUUAAAUAAAAAAAGACAGAUUUUUGGUGUGAAAUCUCGUAUUCUGUGGAUGAUUUUUCGAAUAUGGGGAAGAUUCGCAGUGGUACGUGAAAGGACAAAUAUGCCCUCAUGUGGUUUAUAUGAUACUCAGAAGCUGAUUGGUUUGGUGGUUGAGGCUCCGAUAUAAGUGGUAGCCAGCCACUCUUGUGCCUAAUUGAAAAGAUAAAUUAUUGAUAGAAGAAAGUGUUGUAUAUUGUUGUAGUGAAAUAUAGCUCUGAUUGAAUCAUCAAAUUGCAUUUGCAUCCAUAUAAAAAGGUUCCCUUGUCUUUCCAUACAUGUACUUUAGAUUAACAUAACUCCAGGUUAGCAAUUUUAUUUUUUGGGUUCAAUUAUAAAUUCGUGUAAUUUUAAUUCUUUUUAUUUAGUACUUUUGUUGGUAAUUUCCGUA